AUGAAGAUUCUUUUACUUUUAUUCACCUUGAUAGCAAGAAGUAGUCAGCUAAUGCUGAGUGAAUGUGGAGCGGAAGCAAGACGGCCACAGGUCACUGACAUCUCAGUGCAGUGUGGCACCUCAUCCAUUGGUUUGGCGAUCGAAAUCUGCCCUGUCAUCUACACGGGCUACAAUGAGACUCUACUGAUCCUGAACCAUAUGCUGGACCCAGCCUGUAGAGCAACCCUUGAUGAAUCUGUGACUCCACCUGUCGCUCGCUUUAACUUCCCCCUAAAUAUGACCCACUCCUGUGGAAGCGUAUUCAGGACCACCAGUGCUGCUGGCACGGGUAUAUUCUCUGACUUUUCCAACAUCCAGACGGUCAACAUCAGCGGCAUCGUCCGGUCCAUUGAUCCUACAACAGGCACAAUCACUUACAACGCUGAGCUGAAGUACUAUUACUCCUGCGCCUAUCCCUUAGAAUAUCUGAUCAACAACACUCAGAUCGAUGUGUCGGCUUCCUCCAUUGCAAUCAAGGACAACAAUGGGAGUUUCAUCAGCACCUUGAGCAUGGAGCUGUUCAGUGACGCCAACUACACCAAACUGAUGACCAUUCCAAAGCUGGGGAUUGAACUGAGGACCAGUGUGUACGUCGAGGUCAAGGCCACCAACUUGACGGGCCAGUACCACGUCUUGCUUGACCGGUGCUACGCCUCCAUCUCCCCAUUGCCUUCUAACUCCAGCUUCUUCAACCUGUUUGUCCCCUGCUCCAAGGACCAGUUCACCACCAUGAUUGAGAAUGGACAAAGCCAGAGCGCCCGCUUCCGCUUCCCAGCCUUCCGCUUCAUUGAGCAGCAGAACGAGACAGUGUCCACCUACUACCUCCACUGCAUCACCCGGCUGUGCGAGAAGAGCACCUGCAGCACAUUCAUGCAGUGCAACAGCAACAGGAGGAAGAGGAGCACCCUGGACACCUCCGCAGAGGGUAUAACCAAAACUUACACCAUCACUUCUCGGGAGAUCACCACCAAAGCUGAGAGCACCGAGUCCAAAGAGGAGGCCCUCGUUGCCAAAGAAGAAGACGACUCUGCUGCUGGGCUUGGUGUGGCUGUUGGCGUCCUAGGCUUUGCUUGCCUUAUUGCCCUUAGUGUUGCAGCCGUGUUUUACAAAAGGCUCAGGAACUAA